GACCCAUUUUACCCCAAAUAUUUCAUAAAACUAAGCUAUAAUAUUUCAGUUUUUAUGUUAAAGACGCUAAAUGUUUCCAUAGUGACCGAUGAUCCAGUCCCUGCUAUUCUGUGAUUGGACAGUUCCGCGCGUUCACUUUUACUUUCGUUCCCUUCCUGCUUUCAUCUGCACAUGCGCAACACAGGAAGAAAACUUCAUGUAUAUUUGAGUGCUGCAACUUCCAGUGUUAAAUUUACAUCGGAUUCAUUCAUCCCCUCGGCAGGACAGGAGUCAGGCAUAUUAUCGAUGUGGUGCAUGAGAAACUGUUCCUGUAUUUUCAAGUGUGUCGCGUGUAGUUGUUGAAAUCAAAAGUGAAAGUUAGAUGGGACGUGUGUGCUGAUGGCAGUAAAUUCUUCUAAAGAGCUGCUUUAAGGUCAGUAUUUGGCCGUGAAAUUCUUAGUUUAUAGAAACACGAAGACGACCCACCCUGACAAUGAUUCUUGGAGUCAUUUUGGUUGGAAGCUUCCUGACGUGCGUCCGUGGUAAGAGCAUUGUUCACAGACACCUGGAAGCACAGUUUCUACAUUUGAGGGUCGUAAAAUAAGUUUUUACAAAAGUGCAUUCAUCUUAAAGUUUUGGUUAGGUCUUAUUUGGCUCUGUGGCUUUAAACUUUAGUUUUAGUUUAUAGGGAAAACAUUUUCUGCGUUCAUUUUGCAGCCUUUUCUUUAUGAGACGUGGACGGAGUGAACUGCCUGCCUGGUUUUAACCAGGAUUUCCUUGUCUGUUGGCCUACAUAAUACAGAUGCAGACACAAAAAUGACUGUCCUUUCCUUAAAUGAUAAUAAUUUUGAGGAUAAUAAUAAUAAUAUUUUUUCCAUCAUAGAUUAAUCAAAUACUAAGUGUAAUACUUAACCCUUCAUUGCCUUUUGUAUCAUAUUUGAUACAUAAUUUUAUAAAACUUCUAUCAAUCAAUGUGAUCAACAAAUUACUAAAAACCCUCCUUAACACAGUCCAAUAAAUGAUAAAAAUUUCCUCUUGUGGUUUAUAAGUUGCCAGAAACAUCUGAUGUAUCAAACGAGAUAAAUUAAUAUAUUUGUAAAAUUUUAGGGACAUUUUGAUUUUUUUGGUUUUCAGUAGUAAGUGAAGUAAACAUUUCAGCUCCAAAAAAUUUCGAUUUUCUGGGCAUAAUUUGUGGUUUCAGGCAGUAUAAGGUUAAAGACUUUUUUGGUUGAAUUUUGAUGAUUACAGUUUACAGUUCUCGAAAAUCAUAAAUCUCAAAACAUUUGACUAUUGUGUCAAAGUCCAGUUUCCUGUCAGUUAUUUCAGUCCUGAAAAGAGCUCUAAUCAGCUUAUUAACUCUGAACACCUGCAAAUGUUUACUGAGCCUUUAUUUUCUCAAUCUGGUGAGAGAACAACAUGAGGAGUGCACUGAGGCUGGGGUCUGUGCAUCAAAAGCCACUAUAAACAGACACGUCAUAGAAAUGGGCCACAAGUGUCAUUUUCCUACUGCCAAGUCUGAGCCCAGUCUCACCUGGGCUAAGAAGAGAAAGAACUGGACUCAGGGUCCAAAGUCCUGUUUUCAGAUGAAUGUAAAUUUAGCGUCUUAUUUGGAGAUCAAGACCUCAGAGUCUGGAAGAAUAUUUUGAGAGGCAUAAAUAUCACAAAGUCUGUGUUGAUUUGGGGUGCCGUGUCAUCUGCUGGUGUUAGUUUUGUGUGUUUUAUCAAGUCCAGAGUCCACACAACCUGAAGUCUACCAGGAGAUUUUAAAAUGCUUCUUGCUUCCAUCUGCUGAGAAGCUCUGCAGAGAUCCAGAUUUCCUUUUCCUGCAGGACCUGACACCUGCCUAGUGCCCACUGAACUAAAACUACCAAAAACUAGUUUUGCUGACCAUGGUAUUACUGCACUUGAUUGGUCUGCCUAUCAGACAAUCUUAGGGGUAUCACCAAGAGCGAGCUGAGAGAAACCAGAGCCAACAAUACAGAUGAGCUGAAGGAGCAAUCAGAGCAACCCCAGCAGAGCAACAGACUGAUUGUCUUCAUUACACAUCCAUGCCAGAAGUUCCACACCUCUGUGUUAUAAAUCCUUCUUUGAACAAGUGUGAUGAAUCAGGAAUAUAUGGAAGUUUCACUUUUGAACAUGAUCAUUUUAAUUUUUUGAGCUGCACCUGCAUACAAAUAUUAGGAGUGACAAGUGAUUGAGUAAUAUUUAUCAUAUUCAUGAAAAUUUAAUUUGCAUUUUUUUAUUUGUUGAAUUUCCUAGAAGUACCAUGCCCAAAAUUAGUUAACCUUUAACUCAUUAAACUGAAUAAUAUUCAAAAACUUCUGCUUUUAUUUAUCUGUAAUUGCCACCAUAUUGCAUAGUAUCCUUUCCAGACCUAUUAUAGUAUGAUAUUAGGAAAAUAACAGACCUCUUAACCUUUUUGUCUGCCUGAAUUUGUUCUGUUAUUAUCAUAAUUAUAUAUUUAUUUGUUUUUUGCCGAUUGUGUUCACAAUACUAACCUAUGGUGGUGGUUGUUGUGUAUUUGUUCAUUCUUUAUAGCAAAAUGUUACUCCAGAUCAUACAUAAAUAUUAUAAAGUUUACUUAGAUGGGUUUUCUUUGUCCUUCUGUCUCAGCUGAAGGUGUUGCAGAUGUGGUCCUCUCCUGCACUCUCGUAGAGGAGGGAGUUGGUAUGGUGGGAAUGGGCGGUGCACUCUUCACCAGGACUCCUGCCACUCUUGUCUUGAAAGACAUCUCAGUGGCAGCUGAUGAAUCACUUGAAACAUACACCCCAUUUGUCCCACCUUCAGUACCUGAUCCAGAUUUGAUCCUAUUAGAAGUCAAAGGUAUCCCAAUUGCUCUAUGUCAGAAGUUUGCACCAGCAUUGACGUAACCUGCUUAAAAACUUCCUCUCUCAUCCCUCUGUGAAAGUGUCAUCACUUGAGAUCCCAAACGCAGACGUGCUGCUCCAUGCAGACUGCAAUGAGCAGGAGGUGAUGUGUGAAAUAAGCAGCUACACUCCUUAUGGAUCCCAAGAGAGUUCAGAUGCAGCUUAUUUCAUGGUGUCCCUAAGCGUGGAGGAAGUUGGGUUCAGCACUUCCCUAAUCCUGCAGACUCUGGGGGUGCAGACAGACCAGUCAACCCUCGUACAAAACAAACUGGGUCUGCCUUUGAGCCAAUCAGGAACUCUUCUGACUGAGGGUGAGAUCCCACUCAUCUGUUCACUGUUGUUUCAGGUCUUUGUUUUAUUGACAGACUGAACUCAGUUUUCACUCAUUUGUCUGCACUCUUGUCUUUGCUGCUGUCCCUCAGUGAUAUUCCUGGUCUUCACCCACAUCAAGUCUGUAUCUGCACAUCUGAGAGGUGAUGUACUCUUAAACUGUGGCUUCAAGCAGCAGGAGGUCCCCUUGACGCAGGAGGUGGGCAUUGAAUGGCGACUGCAGCACAGAGGGAAGGGGAGAAAAGUGCUUGAAAUGACGACAAGGCUGGAUGAUGCAGAAGGGAGCGCAGUGGGUAAGUGCUGCCUAAACAUAUGUGUAUGGGCUGCUGUAGUCAUCAGUGGUCUUAGGGGGGAUUUAAACUCUGAAGAUGACUGUUUAUGGCCUGGGGAGAAUUGAUGAUAGUACUAAAGGACAAGCUUGCAGAAGGAGCAUGGAAGUUCAUGAAAAAAUAAAAGCAAAUAGGCUCUAAAUGCAAAUUAUUUGUGAAGUUUUUAGGACUGCUUACAAAUUUUCACGAACAAAAGAUGAUCAUCUUAGCAUGAAACAAAAAAGACUGUUGCUCUGUAGAGACACACAGUAUGAACUCGGGCAUGUAACAUGCCAACCAUUGACAUUACAUGAACAUAACGCACCAGAAUAAGUAUCAAUAUUCAAUAUUUAUAUAUUGCGAAUUUUGGCAAUAAAUUAUCAUGAUGUUAUAUCAAUAAAUUACCUUUAAAAUCACAAGAAUUGUGAUGCUGGUGAAUGCUGGGAAUGACGCCACACCUGAGUUACCAGCGUUUCAGUUACCAAGUCACAUCAACGAAAGUAAUUUUAACGCUUACCUUGUUCUAAUAUAAGCAAGGACAAGGCAGGCGGUAAAAUAACUUACAUAGAUGUAGCCAUCUUGUUUCCACCUCUGAUUUUGCUUUUUUUCUGACUUGGUAACUGAAAUGCUGGAAUCUCAGGUGUGACGUCAUUCCCAGCUCAGACAUCUGACUUAUGAGGUAACUUGAACGUAGCAUUAAUCCAAAGGUCUUCUGGUCCGGUAACUUUUAUUAUAAUCCAACUUUCAAGACCAGCUAGGGAUAUAAACUAAUUUUUUGCCACAGUGUCAACAGGCAGAGGAGAAAUGUAUUAGAUAUGUACUAAACUUUCCCUCAUAGACUGAUAAUAAAUGAUGUAUGUGAUGAAGUUGUUCUUGGCAUUCCUUUGGCUAUUGAGAAUUGAUAACUGUUUAAGUGGACACUCGACCAAUCAGAAUCGAGAAUGUGACACAGACAGGUAAUCAGACAGGAAAUAGAUUUAAGUAAACAUGUCUGAAACUGUUCAGAACUCCUACCGAGAAAAUUCAGUCUGCUUGUGAGGGCCAAGUGAUAUGAUAUGACGCUGAAUCUUUCCUGUCUUCAGUUCACACAGAGAGGACAGGGUCGAAUGUGGACUCUGCCCUGGUUGUUAGUGAAGGAAACGCCUCUAUGACUCUGACCAAACUGAAGGUUUCGGAUGAAGGAACUUACAUCUGCACUGUCAGUGUUGGACUUAUUAACGCCCAGCAGGUCAUUCAUCUCCAUGUCAUUCGUAAGUCUCGCCUUGAUUGCUUGUAUUUGAAAACUGCAGAUUGCUGUCUAAGUCUCCUUUACCUUCUUUUUCUUUGUUUCAGAGCCCCCUCACGUGUCACUCUCAGAGGAGACGUUGGUUUUGAAUGCAAAGUCACCAACAACACUGAGCUGCCACUGUGCGAAGUACCACCCGCUGGAUGUCCAGGUCUGUCAAAACAGAUUCGUAGUCUACGGCUAACAUUUACAAUAUAUUUAUGCCAGCUUGUCAUUAAGCACCCAAGUGACUUUUAUGGAGCUACCAAACCAAAAAAAGAUAGAGGGAUUCAUUUUUUACCCUUUUAUGCCAACUCUCUCCUCUGCCCAUCAGAUGGAGUGGUUAUCCCUCUCUCCUACGGACACAGAGCCCUCACCAUUUCCACAUCAGGGCGCUUUGUCCAGCCAUCGGCAGCAUGGUGACGGGACAUACUCCCUGUCGUCCCACCUCUCUGUGUCCCCUGACGUCUCUCCUGGAACUAAAAUCAUCUGCAAGGUCACCCACUCUGCCCUGGAGGCUCCUCUCUCUCUCAGUGUGGUGGUAGAAAGUCCACAGCCAGGUAUUUGCAUGUGAAUGCUGUUCCUAGCUUGAAGUGCUCCUUGCUGGCUAUUUUUUUAUUGCGGUAAUUCACGACUUUGUCUGAAAAUAGCAGCUAAGAAGGUUAAAAAUUGUUUUGUAUAUUUUGCAUAUUUAGAGAAAAAAAGCAUCAAUUUUUCAGUGAAGCUGCAAUAAAAGCCCCUUUUUUAACAUCAUGUCUUAGCUUAAAGGUCUUGCAGUUUAUCUCUUUCUAAUUUCACCUUAAACAGCAUUAAAAAUCCACAAAAAAAAAACAAGAUGGAGAUGCAGACACUCACAGGGAGAGAGUUGAGAUCAUUUAGAAAUUAACUACAGACUAAAGUGACAAAGUGAAAUAAAGCUUUGCUCAUAAGCAUGAUGGUUCUUCUACAGCUCUACCAUUUUUCAUAAAAAUGAUUUGAAUGUUGAUAUUAUUUUUAAUUGAACAUAUAUUAAACCUGCAGGAGUCUCUUAUGCUACAUCACAUGUAGCUGUUGUGUUCAGUAAUUAUCAGUGACUUUAUUUUAAGACGUCAGACCUCAUGAUAAACAUUUUUGAUAUCAAAACUAACUUUAUUGUGUCCUUAGAUUAUUCAUUUGCAUGCUGUGAACUUUAACUUAUGAUCACUUGUGACCCUUUUUUUCUGUGUUCCUCAUUUACAGCCUCUUAUUGGUGGUUUCUGGGUUUCCUGAUCGUCACUGUGCUGUUCUUCUACCAGUGCAUCAGACAGGUCCGUUAGCAAUAUUCUCAUAGAUCAUCCAGACUUGAAACUGAGCCUGUAAGGACUUUCUGUGUGUCAUUUAUCGGUGUUAAUAUUCUAACUUAUUUCAUGACAAAGCAAUGAGUGGCCCCUCUUACUCUUCUGAUUCUCUGAUAUAACAAGAAAUGUCACACUGGAUCAUCACUGUAUCACCUUUUGUUAAUGAGUUUCAAUGAUGGUGGUUUGCCUUUUUAAAGCUGCAGUAAGGGGUUUUUUGGCUUAUUUUUAUCAUUUAUUUCACAUUUUUAUCAGUUAACUAAAUUAGGCCACAUGAUUGAACUAUUUUGAUUUAUACAAAUAUGUCAGAUUUUGAAAUCUUACUAUUGGCAGCUCAUAUGUACAGAGUUUAACAUGUUUGCUCAUAUGUACAGAGUUUAACAUGUUUAAUAUGUUGUUGUCCAUCAUAAAAAUCCAGGAGGUAACUUCAAUCCUGCAGAAGGAAACACAGCUGAGGUUGAAUUAGCAAUGAAACCAAAACUGGUCUCAUUAUUCAGAGGAGUUUUAGCUAAUUUGGCUGUAAAAUUUCAAUAAACUCACUUGUAAAUACUUGAGAAGUUUGAGGGUAACAGAAUGCUUUGUAGUGUUUCGCUUUGUUUUUACUGUGAAAAAUGAUAAAUUGUUAAUUUAGUACAUUUGCACAAGCCCCAUGGACCUACCCAUUAAUUAAUAAAUAGUUUUUUUAGUUCAGAUAUGCAACUAUUUGAAUAUUGGCUUCAGUCUGAGCAACAUUCAGCCUCAACCAACACCGUCAAACCAAUGUUGACCAAUAUGGACUAGGAAUUUGGUCAAAAAGGAGUCAAAGAUUAUGUUGCAGAAAUUAUUUUAAUGUUGUUUUUUUUUGUACAUUUGGUACUAUUUGCUGUUCUUGUUUACUUUUCAAGUGUGAUGUUGAUUUAACUCUUUUAUGAGCUUUGUAAAAAAAGGUUUUCAAAGCGGUUUUAUGUGACAUAACGUCUUGAAAGGAUCUGCAAUAAAGAUCAGCACUCAGGUUUGUCA